ACAGUGUCUUGAUGAGCCUUCACAACGCUCAGUGGUAUAUGAGACUUGUUACAGAGUGAAGCUCAUCUCCUUUAAUAAGUUCAAAAGUGUUGCCGAUGCCUUGGAGAGUGCCAAUAAACUUGCGGAUGGGAAAAUAAGUAAAACACUUAAGAAAGCUCUGAAAGAUAAAGCUAGUGAACAUGAAAAUCUAGCUGUUGGUGAUGCAAAGCUGGGGAACCUUAUCAAGGAGAAGUAUUCUAUAAAAUGUGUAUCAAAUGCAGCAACUGCCGAAAUAAUGCGGGGUAUCCGUUCCCAUAUAGCUAGUUUGUUGGGAGAACAUGGUGACCAGCUACUUACUAUGAAUCUGGCUCUAGCGCACUCUCUAGGUCGUUAUAAGGUCAAGUUUAAUCCAGAAAAAAUCGAUACAAUGAUCGUACAAGCAGUGUCUCUCUUAGAUGAUUUGGAUAAAGAACUGAAUAAUUAUGUUAUGAGGUGUCGGGAAUGGUAUGGCUGGCAUUUUCCAGAAUUAGGGAGAAUAAUUCAGGAUCCCUUGGCGUAUGCAAAAGUGAUAAAAUUGGUUGGAAUGAGACAGAAUACGCCUGAAACCGACCUUUCCAGUGUUCUUCCUGAAGAGUUAGAAGCGAAAGUGAAAGAAGAAGCAGAAAUCAGCAUGGGAACUGACAUUUCGGAAUCUGAUUUGUUCCAGAUUCGCUGCCUUUGUGACCAGAUUAUUGAAAUGUCCGACUACCGAAACCAACUUGGAGACUAUCUCAAAAACCGUAUGCACGCAUUGGCGCCGAAUUUAACGGUCCUUUUGGGGGAACUGGUCGGGGCGCGCUUGAUAUCCCACGCUGGUUCCCUGAUGAACUUGGCUAAAUAUCCCUCUUCUACGGUGCAGAUUUUGGGAGCCGAAAAAGCUUUAUUUAGGGCAUUAAAAACCAAACGAGACACUCCCAAGUAUGGCAUUAUUUAUCACGCGCAACUUGUCGGACAAGCUGCAACGAAAGCGAAGGGAAAGAUGGCUCGUAAAUUAGCUGCGAAAGUGUCUCUUGCGACGCGCAUAGACGCCUUGGCAGAUGAAUCAAAGGGUGCUUCACUGGGGAUCCAAAGUCGAGCGUAUUUGGAGACACAGAUGAGGAUUGAACAAGAAAGAAGUUAUAAGAAGCCACUAAGGACGUCGACAAAACAUGAGCCGUACCAGUUUAAGAGUAAGGUUUACGACUAUGAUGAAGGUGCAGACUCUACAGUUAGGAGUAGCGGGAAAAUGAAACUAUUUGACGAUGAUGAUAAGGGACCGCCGAAGAAGAUUCCGAAGGUGGAGGAACAGGGGUCACACGAAACGCCACCGAAGAAGAAAAAGAAGAAGAAGGUGAGACCGAUCCAAAGCCACUUCUUGUAUCCAAAAAUUCACAUUCUUUUUUAG